AAAAGCUUUUGUGAAUUAACAUUUAAAAUGGGAAACAGAAGAAUUACCUUGAAGACGAUCAAGAACAGAGAAGCCAUUCACCCAUAUUCUCGUAAGGCACAACAGAUCUCUCGAGUUUAUCAACGCAAGGACAAAUUGGCCAAAAAAGAGAUUCAGAAAGCAAAUAAUCCUAUAGGUGAAAGAUGGAUUUGGUUUAGAUAUGCAUUCGAAGAAGAUAACACUGUAGCAACCAAAGCCGAGAUGCAUGAAUUAAUUGAAGCUUAUCUUGUGCGUCAUGAUGAUGAAAUUGCAGAAUUAGAGCAAGAGAGAUAUAAGGGACACAAAAAACCGAAAGGGCCUCGUCAGGAUCAAUUAGAAGCUUUGAGGAUUAGUGAGUCCAACGAAUACAUAUCCGGCAUGGAAUUACCUGAUAUGACUAACGGUAAAACAUUGAAAUUAUUAAGAGAAUGGGAUGGAGAUAAAAACAGUAUGCCUCGUAUGACUACCAUCAGAUUACAGAAAAUCAUGCCAGUUGAGAAGAAGAUCGAUUCAAAGAACGUGAAGGCCGCGAACAGCAUGGAUUUAAUGGAACAAUAAACCAAGAAUUAAUAAAACAAAUAGACUUUUUUUUUUAUACCACCACACAUAAAAGAUCCGUAUACCCUUAGAAGCAGGAUUUUAUACCUUAUUUAUCGCAGCCGAGCCGACAAACCGACCGAUUCUUAUCUGAAGCAUAUGUCAAAAUCAAGGGGGUUGAAAUUAUGAUGGGAAUUGCCUACUGCAGAACUUCCGAGAGAUUUUUCCGCGAGUUUUUUUUUUUUUUUUUUUUCCUCCUCUCUUAGUACUACAGCAUCAUUGUCCCCUUUAACUUUUUCUCUUUAUUUAUUAUCUCCUUCUAUGAACAAAUAGUCCAGAACCUUUUCUUAU